UCUUUCACUGCUUCAUACAAACCAAGUUUGCGCACCGGGAUGCGCGAGCAGCCUGAACAUGGCUCUCUACCGGAUUUACUCAUCCCUUUUUCUUUUUCUUCUUCACACUUUACUAGACUGUCAAGCACUGAGAAACUAUCCGGAUAAUGAAGUUACCCUUCUGGACUCCAUGUCAGCUCCAGGAGAUCUGGGCUGGGAGGCCUACCCAUCAGAAGGGUGGGAGGAGAUCAGCGUGAUGGAUGAGCGUAACAUCCCCAUGCGCACUUACCAGGUGUGCAACGUGAUGGAGGCCAACCAGAACAACUGGCUGCGCACAGCACUGAUCCCACGUGCUGGUGCCCGCCGUGUUUACGUUGAACUCAAAUUCACACUGCGUGACUGCAACAGCCUGCCCGGUGUGCCCGGAACCUGCAAGGAGACAUUUAAUGUCUACUAUCAUGAAUCAGAUGGUGCAGUGCCACCCCCACCACUACGGCACGCUCGCGAGAGCCAGUACGUCAAAAUUGAUACGAUCGCAGCAGACGAGAGCUUCACUCAGAGCGAUGUGGGGGAGCGCGUCAUGAAGCUCAACACGGAGGUGCGCCACAUCGGCGGACUCAGCAAGCGAGGCCUCUACUUAGCAUUCCAGGACCUGGGUGCCUGCAUCGCCCUGGUAUCAGUUCGUGUGUUCUAUAAGCGAUGCCCACUGGCCGUGACGAACCUGGCACUUUUCUCCGACACGGUGACAGGUGGAGACCAGGCCCUGGUGGAGGUGCGAGGGUCCUGCGUGGAGUAUGCUGAGGAGCUGGAGGCACCACGCAUGUUCUGCAGCGCAGAUGGAGGCUGGCUUGUGCCUAUUGGACGCUGCGUGUGCAGGCCCGGGUUUGAGGAGAUCGAUGGGCAAUGUCAGCCUUGUAGGCCUGGCUUUUACAAGGCCUCAGCCAUGGAUGCCUACUGCAUGAAGUGUCCAUCACAUAGCUACUCUCAUCAAGACAAGGCCUCUGAGUGUGUAUGUGAAAGGGGCUACUAUAGAGCCGAAACUGACCCUCGCUCCAUGGCCUGCACAAGGCCUCCGUCAUCACCAGGCAACCCUAUUUCCACAGUCAACGAGACAGCAGUGACUCUGGAGUGGAGCCCGCCGCGGGACACCGGGGGCAGAGGGGAUGUAACCUACAGUGUCCAUUGCAGGAAGUGCUCAGGCUCUGUGGGUGAGAUGGUUGAGAAGUGCGUGCCCUGCGGCAGCAGUGCGCACUUCAGCCCGCGCCAGUUUGGCCUGACUCACCCCAGAGUUCAGGUCAGCGAGCUCCAGCCUCGAACCAACUACACGUUUAGCAUCGAGGCAGUGAAUGGAGUCUCCGAUCUCAGCCCAAGUCCUCGACACCUAGUGAACAUCAACAUCACCACCAGCCAGACAGUGAGCGUGAUUGUUAAGGAGAGGAGGAGCAGGGACAGCAUCACCCUGGCCUGGCAGGGUCCAGAAACUUCCGACGGUGCCGUGGUGGAGUACGAAGUCACCUAUUAUGAGAAGAAUCAGCGAGACCAGAACUACACAGUGCUGAAGACCAAAUCCAACAUCAUGACGGUGGAGGGCUUGAAGCCAGGUACGACUUAUGUGUUCAGAGUUCGUGCUCACACUGACGGAGGCUACGGCAACUACGGAGGAGAGAUUGAGCUGGAGACAAGGCAUGAAGACAUGUUGGCAGUGGGAGAUCCAAACCAGAACACCAUCUUGGCUGUGUCCAUUGCCGCUGGUGUAGUACUCCUCAUCCUUCUCGUGGCCUGCUUUGUGGUCAGUGGCAGGCACUGUGGCUACAUCAAAGCGAAGCAAGACCCUGAGGAGGAGAAAAUGCAGUUCCAGCACGGCCGUGUCCCACUUCCUGGAAGCAGAACAUACAUUCAUCCUCACACAUACGAGGACCCGAAUCAGGCAGUACGUGACUUUGCCAAAGAAAUUGACGUCUCCAACAUCCGCAUAGAACGAGUGAUUGGAGCUGGUGAGUUUGGGGAGGUGUGCAGCGGCCGUUUACGUCUACCCAGUAAAAGGGAGAUCCAUGUGGCCAUCAAGAGUCUGAAAGCAGGCUACACAGAGCAACAGAGGCGGGAUUUCCUCAGUGAGGCAAGCAUCAUGGGCCAGUUUGACCACCCCAACAUCAUCAGACUGGAAGGGGUUGUGACUCGAUGUAAACCUGUGAUGAUAAUAACAGAGUACAUGGAAAACGGAUCAUUGGACACAUUUCUGAAGAAACAUGAUGGCCAGUUUACAGUGAUUCAGCUUUUGGGCAUGAUGCGUGGCAUUGCUGCUGGGAUGCAGUAUCUCUCUGAGAUGAACUACGUACACCGAGACCUUGCAGCAAGGAACAUUCUGGUAAAUGGAAAUCUGGUGUGUAAAGUAUCAGACUUUGGACUGUCCCGUGUGCUGGAGGACGACCCAGAUGCAGUGUAUACUACCAGGGGGGGAAAGAUUCCUAUCCGGUGGACGGCUCCAGAGGCCAUAGCCUACAGGAAGUUCACUUCAGCUAGUGAUGUGUGGAGUUACGGUAUCACCAUGUGGGAAGUCAUAUCCUAUGGGGAGCGGCCAUACUGGGAGAUGUCCAAUCAGGAUGUGAUAAAGGCUAUAGAUGAGGGCUACAGGCUGCCAGCACCCAUGGACUGCCCCGUGGUGUUGCACCAGCUCAUGCUGGACUGCUGGGAGAAGAACCGCAGCGAUAGGCCUAAGUUUGGACAGAUUGUCAUCAAUCUGGACCAGUUGAUCCGCAACCCCAGCAGCCUGAAACAGCUGGCCAACAGCACAGUCUGGGAGGACCCAGUGACUCCAGAGCCUGCAUUUAGCACAGUGGCUGACUGGCUGGACUCCAUUAAAAUGAGUCAGUACAAAGAACAUUUCUCCAGCGCUGGCUACGUCAGUCUUGACUCAGUCCUGUAUGUCAGUGUCAGUGAACUCGGGAAGCUGGGAGUUGUGUUGGCAGGCCAUCAGAAGAAAAUCCUCUCAAGCAUUCAGUGCCUGCAUGUACAACAGCAGCAGCAACAGCAGCAGGGAACCCAGGUGCAGGUAUAAAAAUCUAGACUCCGGUUAAACCUCGCCUCCUCACUCCUAGCUCCAUCCUCAGACCAACGUGUCUUCCUGCCCACCACUCCAGCCAGCCACUCCACUAUGCGCACUGAGAUCACCACCACACGUCGGCCUGCCUUGUCUGAUUUGUGGCUAGGGUCAGGGGGACACAUCCAGGCAUCUGGGCAGUGUUGAAGACAAAACCACAUCACAAUGUGGAAGUCAGAAAAUUGCUCUGUGAUUUCAAGGAAGCACUGGGAAACCUCAUUGUAGUAUACUUUUAUUCUGAACAAGACCUUCAAUGGGAAGAAAAGAGGACCACAUGUUGUAAAAAAAAACUGGUUUUGUAGUAAUGUGGUGGUCUGUUGACUUUUAGUGUUGAUGUAGGUGGUGUUUGUGUACCACAGGUGGAUGGACCUCUGCUAUAUGACCAUCUGUGAACUUAUUUAUGGUAGGGUAAUAGUAUUUUCCAGCAGGUGACGGAUACCUUGAAACGUUGACCACACACAUAGAGACUGGGAAUGGAUGCAUUGUUACUCCAUAUGCCAUGCAGACUGUUGUCAUGUGAGUGGAGUGCAGAGUGUUCCUAUUCAUUUGGCCUGUCAGAGGCCAAGGACAAUGGAGAGAGACAAGAACCAACUGGACACUUCAAAACCAUAAGGAUUUGACCAGUGAGGAAAUGAAUGUCACCUGCCUUCAAUGAUUUUCUUCUUUCCUGAUGAACUGAUAUUAAGAGACAUUUCUUUCACUGACACUGAGUUGGAUGUGUCUUGCUAUUUCAUGUAAUGUAAACAUCAUAUUAACAGGAAGUGCUGUGUUUUCCCCUACUCAGUCUUUGGAGUAUCAACAUGCAGUACUUUAGCCGCUGAAGCACAGAAAUGUUUGUUGUUAAGGAAAUGUUUUUUCAGUCCCUGUGUCAUAUUUUUCAAAAUGCCAUGUACAUAAUACCGUGUACUUAUUAAAGAUAGACAUGUAUGUGAUACAGGCACUUCAGAAUAGACCUGUUCCAAACAGGGGUCUGGUAUCAAACUCAAAUUACAGUCCUGUUAAGGUGAAAGAAUGGGGGAAAAGGUUCAAAUGUACAGUAUUGUUUAUUGUGUUUGUACAGUCAUGACUUUGUGUCUCAAGUAUUUUAUUGGUCGUACACUCAGACAAGGAGAUGCCUCAUUUUAAUGCUUUGAUGCUAGCUUUGGACAGAGCAGGAUUGUGCAGUGAAUGUAAUGGAUGUAUUAGCUUUAUUGCAAGUCUGGAAAGCUAAAAAGUUUCUCAGGAUUUUUUUUUCAUGUUCAUUUUUCAAGAAGACAGUAAAGUAAACCUGAAUAUCUGGAAGAAAACCUGAAACAUCAUCUUCUUCACACCCUCCAGAAUUACUGGCAUUCUUCAAACUGAUUGGAACCCAUCAAAAAAUAUUAUAUAAACAUUACACAAAAUAAUUUUCCACUCAAACAGUAAUAGAAACUUUUUAUCUUUGUUCUAACAAAUUUUCCUCAUUAGAACCUUUUUUUAUAAUAGUAUUUUCUUUAAAAUAUAUAUGUGCCAAAAUUAUUGUAUUUAUUUAUAUUUUAAAUAAAUGCAAACACAUUGUCGUUCUUGGAAAACUUAAUUUUUUUCAGUUGUUCCGUUGCAAAGUUUCAGUCCCCAGAAACUUUGUUGUUGCCUUUAACCAUACCCUGUUUUCCUGGGUUAUAAAGACUAGGUUACACACAUCUAAAAAUCCUUUUGUCCUCCAUCACCAUGGGAAAAACCAAAGAACAUUUCAGCACAAAAGAGACAGAACAUUGUUAACCUACACAAAUCUGAUUUAAAAUAUACAUAAGCAUCUAAAUAUCAUUAAGCAUAAUUAAGCCCAUAACAAAACGAUUCACAUAUCUCAAACAGUUGGAAAAUUGCCAGGAACUGUACCCAUGAGCGUGAGAUGGAUGGUGAAAGAGGAAAAAAAGAUCACAGUUUUAGAAUUGGACAGUUUGGUUAAUUCUUGUGGAAGUAAAAACUGUUAAAACUGUUAAAUGCCACUUUCAUAACAACAAGCUGUUUGGAAGCAUUGCAAGAAAGAAGCCUUUCCUGAGAGCAUCUCACAAAAUGCAGGACUUGAAUGUCACCAAGCGUCAUUAGAACUACAGUUGGCAUCGUGUAUUGUGAUUAGAUGAGCCCAAAAUCGAACAGAUGGUCAUACACCAUCAGCAUUUUUGGUGACGUACAAGGAAAAGCACCUUUACCCUUUGUAAAAUACGGAGGUGGCUUAUUGAUGCCGUUUGUGACUGCUGGUUCAGAGGGUCUCAUGAAGCUCAGUGACAUGUUGGAUUCUGUUAAAUGCCAGAAUAUUUUAGAACAAAAGCUAUUUGCCUCUGCCAGAAUGUUGAGACUUGGCUAUAGAUAGAGUUUUCAACAGGAUGAUGAGAUCAACAGAGAAAUGAUUCAAGAGACAUGAAAUCAAUGUUUUUCAACAACCAUCUCAGUCUCUGAAUUCGACUCCUACAGAAAAUCUGCAGUCUGAAUCAAAGAGGGAAGUCCACAUGCCCAAAGCUUAGAAUCGAAAAGUGCUUAAAAAGUUCUUCAUGGAGGAAUGGGCUAAGAUAUCUUUAUAAGUGUCUCCAACCUUGUUAGAGUACAGGAAGAGAUUUACUGCUGUUCUUCUCCCCUGAUCAGGCAUCAUAAUGUAUUACAAGGACUGUAAGGAUGCUGAAAAUUUCAAACCUAAAAAAUUGACUACUUAAAAACCCUUUUGUGUUUGGAAUAAAAUGUUUAAAUACAAUUAGCAAAAGAUUUAUUUUUAUAGAGUUUUGCUCAUUUUCUUGAAGGGUACCAAUAAUUCUGGAAGGCAUUGUAUAAUUGAAUUUUUCUUUUUGCAUAUUCCUUCUUAAUGGUCCUUUUUACAAGAUCAUAAAUUAACCUCUGGUUCAUUUUUGCUUUCAGUAAUAUGAAGAAUAAAAACUGUAUUGUAACUGCAGUUACUUGUACCACAAAGCUUUUGGCAGUAAAUUGAAAAAUAAGAGUGCUUGUUUGAGAAAAGCUGGAUUCCAAUUAAAGUCCUGGUUAUCUAGUUCCUCUAUGAUACUUUGGAAAAGUAUUUGUUUAGUGCAAGAAAAAUGAUAACUGAAAGGCAGACAUUUCUGUUUAUUUAUUCAUUUCCUUAAAAAAGGCAGACAGAAUGCCAGUUUGCUUGUUGUGUUUGCUGUUCAGCUAUUUGUAUUGAACAAUGAGUUCCCAUCCAAGUACCUGGCACAUCUGUGCCAUCACGUACUAAUAUAAUGUGAGCUUUCCUUAAUCGCCAAAUUACUGGAGCAUAUGCGCCUAUUCAGAUUUGCUCCUCAAGCAGAAAAAGCAACACUGAAUAAUUCAAGUGGGAGUUGCAAAAAAGUAUUUCAAAUCAAUAAACCUCUGGUCUUUCCAAAACACUGCAGGCUAAAUUAUGCAUAGUGGAGUUCAGACUGCUGCAGAUCCCAGUGAUCAAAAGGGUUUCUUCAGUAAUUUCAUUUGAGAGCAAGGAGCUGUUGUCAAAAUGCAAGCACACACCUGAAAUGAAAUACCAACAGUGAAUACGGUUAAAUCAUAACGGUCCUCUUUUCAUCUUUUUGUUUUCCUAAAUGAACAAUUCUCACACACAUUUUAUUAUUUCAUACUCAGUCCAUGUAAUUUCAGUGUACAUUUAAGUGUUAUAGUGUUGUUGUUGAAUGUUCUUGAACAUAUCACCAGUUAUGUCUUCUCUCUUUUCAGCAUUGUAAAAUGGAUUUUUGUGUUUAUUUCUCACACUAACUCACUGAUCAUUGAAUCAAUAGUUCAUACGAGCCAAGCCUUCACUUGGACUUUUUUAUUUCUGAGUUCCAUUUAAUUGAUUUUUAUACACUAUGUUUAUUUUGUUGCUUAUCACAAUUUCUUAAAAGGAACAGUUCCAUUAAUGUUGCUAACAGUGGAUUAUGUUAAAAUUAUGCAAAUGACCUCAUGCAGAUUCAUGCUUACUAGCUUCUCUUCCUUGAUGUUAGCAUGUUUGGUUGAGCUGUUUCUUUAUUCUCCUGUUGAACUGUUGAACAUCAUGUCCAAUAAAUAUGUUGAUAGUUUUAAUCUGAUAUUCCUUUUUAAGAGUCAGCCAUUUUAUUGAAGCUAUGUUCCUCAAACAGAUAACAGUGCACAUUUGAAGUCAUUUAGCAUUUUGAAGCUAAGUACCAGUUGAUUCAGAUUUCAAAGAAAAGAGUGAUUGAUAGAAAUGAGACUUUGGUGGUGACACAUGUGCACCUGCUUAUAUAGAGACACACAUCCAAACAGACAGCACCAUUCUCUCCAUUCCCUCAAUUCCCUUGUUCCUCUUCCAGGAGUUGCUUGUGAGAUCCAUAUGAAUGUCACACAAACAGUGCCAAGGUCUUUACUAUUCUUAUCAUGCUCAGGUGAGAUGAAGGGCCACCAUCUGGAGUUGGAGCGUAAGGCAGCAA